UAUUCUGGGUGACCCGGGAAGCAUCGGGAAGUUAGGUCCUGCUGGAGACGUUGGCAUCUCUGGGGAGCAAGGCAUCCCUGGCCCUCCUGGCCCACAGGGUAUCAGAGGUUACCCAGGCAUGCAGGGACCCUAAGGGGGAGAUGGGUCCGCGUGGUUACAAGGGUCUCUUGGGGCCUGUUGGCAUCCCUGGCAUCCCUGGUGAGGAGGGGCCCCAGGGACCUCCUGGUGAGCCUGGUGACAAAGGUGAUUUGGGUGGAGUUGGCAUCAAAGGACCCCAGGGUGCUGUUGGAAAGAAGGGAGAAAAUGGUUUGCCAGGAAUUGAUGGCAAAGAUGGAACUCCUGGAAUUCCUGGCAUUAAGGGCGCUCCAGGACAGAGUGGAAGACCAGGACCUCCUGGCUCCCAGGGGGCAGCAGGUUUGCCAGGUAGCCCCGGAACUAAAGGUGGAGUCGGAGACAAGGGAGAGACUGGACCCCGAGGUGCUGUUGGGAUGUCUGGAUCUCCAGGCCCUCAGGGAGAGCCUGGCCCCCCUGGUGAAGCUGGUAUGGAAGGUGUCCCAGGACCCAAGGGUGACAGGGGAGAGAGAGGACCGGUGGGACCCCAGGGUGUUGUGGGCAAAGCAGGAAACAAGGGACAGAGAGGACCCAUGGGAAUCCCAGGGGCACAAGGACUUACCGGAACCAAAGGCGACAAGGGAUUCCAAGGACGGGUUGGACCUAAAGGAGACUUUGGUGACCCAGGUGUGGAGGGACUGGCUGGGGAGAAGGGGGAGAAGGGUAUCUCAGGUGAACCAGGACCUAAAGGACAGCAAGGAGUGCGUGGGGACCAGGGCCAUAACGGCCCCACUGGAGAUCCAGGCAAACCCGGCGACCCCGGCCCCCCUGGACUGCCCGGCCCCAGGGGCCUCAAUGGGGAGAGGGGCGUCCCUGGCAUGCCUGGCAUCCUGGGAGCAGCGGGCCGUGAUGCAUCUGACCAGCACAUCAUUGAAGUUGUCCUGAAAAUGCUGCAAGAGAGGCUAGCAGCGGUAGCGGUGAGCGCUAAGAGGGCCGUUUUGGGUGGAGCCGGCGUGAUGGGACCACCAGGACCUCCUGGGCCCCCAGGUGCGCCCGGACCUCAGGGGCCGCACGGGCCAGUGGGGGCGCGCGGAAUCCCCGGAAUCAUUGGCGCUCAUGGCCAGAUUGGAAACCACGGUCUUAAAGGGAAGAGAGGGGCUAAAGGAGAGAGAGGAGACCCUGGCCGCCCGCACCCUGGACAGCCUGGACCACCCGGUCUGCCAGGUCCUCCUGGUCUCGACGGAGUGGCCCGAGACGGUAAGCACGGGGAGAGAGGCCCCCAGGGCUCGGCUGGAGAAGCUGGUCGUCCAGGUAAGGCCGGCCCACCGGGUCUCCCUGGAUACUGCGAAGCGGCCGCCUGCCUGGCGGCUUCCGCCUACACCUCACCCCGCCUCCAGGAGGCCGGCCGGAUUAAGGGCCCUUCCAAGUAAGAGCUGACCCUCACCUCCGCCAGAACGAGGGAGGAGGAGGACAAGAAGAGAGGGAGAGAGAAGGAGAGGCACACUUACAGUACACUCGCUCCCUCUUCUAAACACCAGCGUAAGGGGAAGGGUGGAGGGGGCGGGGGGCAAACCAGCCUGACUGACAUUCCAAGACAUCUCUCAUUGUGACAUCAUCACUGUGGCCAGUCUACCAUUUUGCUGCUGGCAGUGUCAGCCAUUUUGGAAUACUCCUGCCUCCACCACCGCCCCCAAUAGCAGCGUCAGCCGUGACAUCAUCAUUAUCACCAUCACCAUCGCCUUGUGGACAUCACCAAACCAGUAGCCCUGGACUGAGAAGAACUAAGAGACUCAAGUCCAUGAAAAGUUAUAUUAAAUAAACAGAGGUGCUUUUCUUUUAUAUUGUGGUCACUUUAAAUGUUUUGAGUGUUACUGUUCAUUAUUUCCAAGCAUUGUUUGUUUUUAAACAGGGCAAGUUCGAGCACGCACUACCCCCUAACACAAACACCCCCCAAUCAACAAAUGUACAAGAGUAGCAAUAAAAGACACAAGUCCGUACGCUGAAAUCUCAUUACGUUUAUUGUGAAGGAUUUAGUUACCAGUUAAAUCUUACUCCAGACUAUAAAUCUUACUGUGUACAGUUUCCCCACAGACCUAUAAGAUACUGAUUACCUUAAUCAUGUUCUCUAGUUGCCCAGCAACAGGUUCUUGUCAACAGUCUAACCGAUAAUUUUAGUGCUAUGUAAAUCUUUGUAAAUGUGUGUUAAUUUUAUAUAUAAGGGUGGGUUUUCGUGUUAUUGUGAGAUCGGAACAGAGACCCUUGGUUAAUGAAUGUAAUCAGCAUUUUGGAGUUGAAAGUCCAACCAAACUCACUCUGCUUCUUCAUCGAAGGUUUCAUUUCCCAUCUGAUUCCUCUAAUGCCACUGUCCACUCCCAAUGCAAAUGACAACCUUUUGCCGUAACAAUAAAAGUGCAGAGAACUGAUUAUUUUCAUUAAACAACAAAAGCUAUUUAUUGUUCUUUAUUUGGUUCAUCUGUAAACAAGUUUUCUUUCUUUUUUUUCCACCUGGCUGUUCAGGUCGAUCUAAAUCAAUAAAGAGGAACGUUUUGUAAGACUGAA